UAACGAACCCUAACCGGCGAUAGCAAUAACUCUUUCUCCCAAUCCUUCCUUGUCUCUGCAAAUUUCUUAAUUCGCUCACUCGUGUUUCUAUUUAUAGGAACGAAACCUCCCAACCUCUCUCUACAAAACCCUAAUUUUGUUCAAGGUCUUUUAGAAUUUUGGGUGUUGCAGAUACAUAUUUGUGGAUUUUGACGGAUUAAGUACGAUAGAGCUGGAAGUUGAGACAAUGGAGAAGGAGCGAAUCAGAAAACGGCCUCGACUCGCCUGGGAUGUGAGGCCAUCUGAACCAGAGGCGCAAAGGGCACUGGUAGUGAUUGGAAAUGAAGAAGGGACCUCAAGGCAUGCUUCACCACCGAGAAGAGACGAUGAUCGUGAAGGGCAUUACGUGUUUAAUCUUGGAGAGAACCUAACUCCACGAUAUAAAAUAAUCAGCAAAAUGGGUGAAGGCACUUUUGGCCGAGUGUUGGAAUGUUGGGAUCGUCAAACACGGGAAUAUGUGGCAAUCAAAGUAGUUCGUAGUAUUCGUAAAUAUCGUGAUGCAGCCAUGAUUGAAGUUGAUAUACUUCAGCAUCUUGCUAAGAAUGAUCAAGCCAGUGGCUCACGCUGUGUACAGAUUCGAAACUGGUUUGAUUACCGCAAUCACAUUUGUAUUGUAUUUGAGAAGCUUGGACCGAGUUUAUUUGAUUUUCUAAAGAGAAAUAAAUACUGCCCAUUCCCUGUGGAUCUUGUUCGGGAAUUUGGACGUCAGCUAUUGGAAUCUGUAUCAUAUAUGCAUGAUUUACGCCUAAUUCACACUGAUCUGAAGCCAGAAAAUAUACUUCUUGUAUCUUCUGAAUAUAUAAAGAUCCCAGGCUGCAAGAGGAAUUCUUCAGAUGAAACGCUUUUCAGAUGCUUGCCAAAGUCAAGUUCCAUUAAGCUGAUUGAUUUUGGUAGUACUACAUUUGAUAAUCAGAAUCAUAGCUCCAUUGUUUCCACAAGACAUUACAGAGCCCCUGAGGUUAUUCUAGGUCUAGGUUGGACUUAUCCAUGUGACUUAUGGAGCAUUGGCUGUAUACUCGUCGAGUUAUGCUCGGGUGAAGCACUAUUCCAGACACAUGAGAACUUGGAACAUCUGGCAAUGAUGGAGAGGGUGCUGGGGCCUCUACCAGAGCACAUGGUUCAAAGGGCUAACCGCGGGGCUGAAAAAUAUUUCAGAAGAGGGUCAAGAUUAAAUUGGCCCGAAGGAGCGAUCUCUAGGGAGAGUAUCAGGGCUGUGAGGAAGCUUGAUUGUCUUAAGGAUACGGUAUCUCGUCACAUUGGGAGCUCAAGAUCUCCGCUUGUAGAUCUGCUGCUUGGAUUAUUGAAAUAUGAGCCAUCUGAACGAUUAACAGCCCAUCAAGCUCUUAAUCAUCCGUUUUUCAAGAAUCCUACCUAAGAAUGACAUCCUGAAAGGAUACCCAUUGUUUAUCAUGUUGGUUGUCUGAGACAUGGAUUGCUUGUGUAGAUCAGUUGUGCUUAUUGAAACAUGAAAUUAAUGGAAUUGUUUUUAUGAUA